UCUAAAAUGUGUCUUAAAAUUAGCGCCCGAGUACAAUGACGCAUGGGCAUCCCCGUGGAUUAUUGCAUGAAGUAGAGUUACAGAUUGAUGAGUAGAAUGAAAAGUCUUUCCAAUCGGAUGAUUGUGGUCAAACAGGUGAAGUGGAUACAGAGCUGCCCACUAGAGGGCCGGGCGGGCGUCAAGAGGCUGAUUGGCGUAUCCUGGGAGCAUCCCUCAGACGAAAGGCGGGAUUCCGGAGGAGAGUGCCGGAUGAGAAUCUGAAGCCGAGGAUGAAGUGUGAACACGCGGCCAGAGGCGGCUUUCUGUUGCUCUUGCCUCUGGUCCGAGCGAGCUGGUGGCUAUUAGGAAUGCCAGCCGCUUACCAAACCAGUUUAGAAUUGAAACCAACUACUUAUCAAAAUUAUUGCAGAAAAUUGCAAUAUUUAGGAGACAGACAACGUGAACUUUGUGGAUUGAAUCCAAAUAUUUUACAAACUGUUGGUCGAGGAGCAAAAAUGGGUAUUGAUGAAUGUCAGCACCAAUUUAGAAUGAGUAGAUGGAACUGUACAACGUUUAGCAACACUAGUACAGUAUUUGGAGGAGUCAUGGAUGUCCGUAGCAGAGAGAAAGCGUAUGUGUAUGCAAUAUCUGCUGCUGGUGUAGCAUAUAGUGUGACUCGAGCAUGUAGUAAAGGAGAACUUGGCGAAUGUCGUUGUGACGAGUUAGUAAGAAAACGUGACAAUGGUGGCCGUUGGAAAUGGGGAGGUUGCUCUGACGAUAUCAAAUUUGGAGCAAGAUUCAGUAAAGAUUUCGUAGAUUCAGGAGAAGAUCAACGCGCACCUGAAGGUCUUAUGAACAUACAUAACAAUGAAGCCGGGAGAAGAGGCUUAAGAUCAAAAAUGGAAUUAGUUUGCAAAUGUCACGGUGUUUCUGGCUCUUGCUCAAUGCGAGUUUGUUGGAGACGACUAAAACCUUUUAGAGAGAUUGGUGACUUGUUAACGUCUAAGUUUGAUGGUGCCACUCUUGUAAAAGCAGUUGAAAGAAGACACAAAACCAAAUUACGGCCAGUCCGUAAAAAUGUAAAAAGACCUAGCAAAAAGGAUCUUGUUUAUCUCGACGACUCGCCUGAUUACUGCGUCCGUAAUGAAACAUUAGGUGUGCUCGGGACUCGUGGUCGACUAUGUAAUAGCACGAGCUAUGGAAUGGAUGGUUGCAGAUUAUUGUGCUGCGGCAGAGGAUACCAGACUGUGAUUCGAGAAGUAGAGGAAAAAUGCCAGUGCAAGUUCGUCUGGUGCUGCAAAGUCCAUUGUGAAAUGUGUAGUUUUAAAAGAGAAGAGCACUACUGUAACUGAAAAAUACUUCGUCCAUCUAGAAUCGGAUAUAAACGUAAAAACAGACCAGAAAGAAAUACUUCUGGCCUCAGGUUAUGCAACAUCAGUUCUUUUGAUGUUUUAAAACGAUUCCUUAUGAAGAGUUGAAGCGUUAAGCUACAAGAUGUUAAAGAUGUUUUCCAUUCUGGCACGAGCUCUUCGACAAUCGAAUUGACAUAUUCUUCUUAUUCUAAGCACGCACAUAGACUAUGAGUUGGUGAAUUAUUAAUGCCAUUGAAAAAGAAACAAUUCAUACUCUCGGGACGUGUUCACUAAUUCAUUUUUAUUAUGAUUGCUUCACUACUGAAGCAAAUUCUUUAUUUCUCAUUAAUUUCUUUUAUUUAAAUAUAAAUUAAGCCAGCUGCAAGUUUCAGUUUUUGAAACUAGUGUACAGUUUCUUCCCUUUCUUUUCUAUAAUUAUAAAAAGAAUUAUUUAAGUAGCAAGUAUGGAUUUAAUGUAUAGUUUUUUUAACAGUUUUAAGAAUUAUAAAGAAAUUUUUAAACAAAUUUGAAUCUAAUGUAGAGCUGCCAACCAUUAUGGUGCAUCUGUAAUAUUUCAUAUUUAUAUUUAAAAGGGUAUUACAUUUUCUAAAUUUCUCCUUAAUUAUUGAAAUUUUAAAUUUUUUCAAAAUAGUUUUGAUCACCACUGCACACAAAUAAAUUAAUCAUAUUCAUAAAAUUAAGCUAUUUAAACAAUAGUAUGUUUACAGAGAUACCAACUUACUCCGUACAGCUGAUAAAUAUUUUCGAGUGCUAGGCUUUUAAUGUAUUAUUCUUGGUUUAGUAAAUUCGGCUUACAGGGUUUUUACUCACGAUUACUUCUUAUUAAUUCAAAGACUUAAGUGAUACGCCACUUUGUUACGGUUAAGCCUUCCCAGGCACCCAAUUUUUUGAUAAUAAACGCAACGGUUAAGCCUAGGGGCCGCUGCGCAGCCCAGGUGCCCAGUUUUUGCGAAAUAAAAAAGAAAAGAAAGAACGGUUAAGCCAUGUUGAGCCUUUUAAAACGUUGGCAAAAUUAACCGAAAAUCUGCGAAUUUUGGUUUGCGGUUUUCUACCGUCUCUUUUAAAUAUUUUGGCAAUUCUGGAGCAGUUGGGAUCUCUGUGUUUAAAUCCAGGCAAUUUAAUAAAAUUUUUACCUACAAUUGUUCAUCAGCUAUCUUUUCACUAUCACUUCGCAUAUUCCUCCGCAAAAGAAUUAAAAGUUGGCAGGUGUGUCAAAUGUAUAGUUAUUUUUUUUCGAGAAUAAUUUUCAAAAAUUAUAAAAAGAGCUCUUCAAGUAAAAUAUUUGGAUCUAAUGUAUAAUUUUUUUAUAAUUAUAAAUUUCAAAAAUUGCAUAAAAAGCGUAAACUCUCAUAGCUUUUUUCAAAUCUCAGUUUUGAAGGAAAUGUAUAGAUUUUGUUAAAAAGAAGAAAAAAAAGAAAGAAGGAAACUAGAAUAACAGAAAAAUACUUCUCAUGCGGCACUUACUUACAUUUUUGCUGCCUGGAAAUACUUUAAUCAACUUCAGUCAAAAAUAACUUCAACUAUAAUUGUUGCUCAUUACUUUAUCAGCCUCAAUGAAGAAUAACUUCAACUAUAACUGUUACUUAUUACUUUAAUCAGCUUCAAUUAAAAAUAACUUUAACUAUAACUGUUGCUUAUUACUUUAAUCAGCUUCAAUUUGGAAUAACUGUUGCUUAUCACUUUGAUCAGCAUUUUAUUUUUAAAUACUAGAUUAAUACUUAAAUGCAAACACUUUAAACCUUCGUUUCAUAACUAAUUUCCAAGUAGUAUUAUAAAAUCUUUUCUUAAGAUUGAAUGAUAAGUGUGUUAUGUGGUGUGUACAUUUAUCUUUUCGUCAACUUCACACCGCCAACUGCAUUUUGGACGAUCAUCUUUACUUCUUCAUUCAUUUAUUUUGUAAUCAUUGAUGUAUAAUCAUUUAUAUUUUCUUAGUGCAACAUUUUUUAUGACUCUGAAUUAUUACUAUGAAAUUGAAGUAAUACUCCCGCACGAAAGUAUACGUAGACGUGAAAUAAACUCAAAUAUUUUUGGUGUGUGAAACGCAUAACACAAACUAAUAUAAAAUAAUAGGAAGAAGUCGUCCCUAGAUACAAAAAAAACUCUUUUUGUGUCCUUUGAUGUUUUGUAGCUUAGAUAUCAACGUCUACUUUCUUGCUGAAGUAAGCCAAGCCUUUGCAACUCUAGUCUCUCUAUUCACCAGCUUGUAUGAAUAUAUAUCAAAAAGAGAGCGCAAUUUUGUAAAUAUAGCUGAAUUUCAUUUUAAACCGUCGUUUUUGCCAUUUAUGUGUUUUAUGGCGAAAGUAUCCAUCCUGAAAUUCAAACAAACGAAAAUUUUAAAGAAAGGAAUAAAUAAGAAAAACUGUACAUUUAUACUGAUCAAAAUUUAAAACAAAAUAUAUACUAAUUGAAAUAAUAUCAGUAACGCCAGGUUAUAUAACAUUUUCGGAUAUAUUGCUCUUCCUAUUUCUUGAAAAAAAGAAUAACGAUACUUAAAAGUUAAGUUAAAGAGUUAUUUCUCAUAAUUACUUUUUUUUAAAAAAAACGUGAGAAAUUGUUUUUUUCUUGGAGAAAGGCGAUUAACAUUUUCUACAAAUAAUUUAUAAUCUUGCGUGCAAAAAUUAUACUUCUAUUAACAACGGUAGCUAUGAGGAAUAAAAUCAUCGGUGAUCAUUGGCAAUAACAAUAAUUACCAUGAUUGAUGACAUACUACUGCAAAGAAAGGAAUGGUUGUUUUUAUUAACCAAUAGUUGUAAUAUAAUGCAUAUCAUCGCGUUCGCUAUUUUUUAGUGAGCUUCCUUAAAUAUCUCAUUCCAAUAAAUAGCACUCACCCUAUAAGCGCUUUAUAAUCAGGAAUGACAUAUUGACAUUCAGGACCUGUUAAUCACUCUGAUCAUAGUUUGCUUUUCUCCCCACAAGUACUUCAUAAUCAGGAAUUGCGUAUUGACAUUCAGAAUCUGAUAAUUGCUCUGGACAAAGUUUUCUUAUCUCCCGACAAGUACUUCAUAAUCAGGAAUUACGUAUUGAUAUUCAAGACCUGAUUAUCUCUCAGGUCAUAGAAGUUCAUGUUUUAUAACUGAGUUAAACUAUUACAUGAAAUAAGAUCGAAACAUGAAAUAAAGUCUCCGACAAAAAACAAAUAUAAGUUAUAAAUUAUCAGUACGUGUAACGCGUGAUUUUUAUAACUUCUUGUAAGAAAUUAAAUAUAAAAAAUUAUCUUAAUUUCUAAUAUUGCGAGUAAAACUUAGAAUUUAUAUUUCCAGAUGAAGGAAGAGCAAAAAUCCAUAUUCAGACUCAAUUCCAAAUUAUCCAUUAUCAGGUCCCUGUAACAUUUCUAAAACGCGUUGACAAGCUCGUGUGAUGCAAAUUUCAUAAGUUUGUUAAAAACAAAUUGAGCAAGCUUUAAACUAAAUUUAUCCACACAAAAAACGUGCUUGAAAAAGAAUGAAUUAAUACGUUCUUUACAGCUUCUAUCAUUAUUUUUGCAAAGAUAAAAAAAAAUUUUGUUGAUUAUUUUUUAUUUUUUGCCUUCAACUCUGGCCCAAUGGACACAAUAUGUAAAUACUCUUUGAAAAGCAUAUGUCUACUCUAUAACUGUAAAACUCUUUUAAAGUUAUUUUUAUUAAAAGUGUUGCUCUGUAAAAAAAUCAUUAGCUGUUACUUACCUGUGAAAUUACUUCAGGGAUAAGUUUUAAUGUCUUAUUCGGAGAUAUUAAAACUACAUAUCAAUUUUUGUGCAAUUAUAAAAAUUACAAACCUUUAAUAAAAUCAAAUUUAUGCCGGUUCAUUUUUAUUUCUCUUUAAUUUAAUAUUGUUUGACGCAUUUAAUUUCUUCUUACUUAAUUUAUAUCCCAGAUAGUAUUGUAAGGUUUAUUUUAGUGUAGCAGCAACCUUUAUCACAAAUCCAAACUAGGUUUACAAAUGAUGGGCAAAUAAACCAUAAAACAAUGUUAAAUUUAAUCACGCUAUUUAAAGAGCAAUGAGGUUCGUAUCAAGCUUGCACAAACAGCCCUUUUAUGUGGAGAUUAAAUCUAAAAACCCUACUUUUAAAAAAUGUUGCUUUUGAAAACCUUAAUAUACAAAGGAAAAGAGAAGAAGAUUUCCUAUAAAU